AUGGUUCAUCAAUUACUACUAUGUGCUAGCAUUUCACAACAGAAUUACAUUCAGACAGUAUCCACACUUCAAGCUCUUACAGGAGUACUUGAUCCGCAAGAAACUGCGACGUAUACCCUCCUAACUAAACCUCAUAACAUAUUCAAGCCCAAGUUUGAGCCAGGGAAGGUCAAUCAAAUCGAGCAAUAUUAUAUGAGAUGUACGACAACAUGGAAUGAUUCGGCCGCUCAGGAAUUGAACUUGUCAAAGCCCAUUAUACCCGGAAAGUCAGAUAUACGCGUGGAGAGACUCUUCUCCGGCAAAGAAGUGAAACACUGGACAUUACAAGUGUCAGAUAUACCGAAUGCCGGGAAGAACCCAGUGCUGGCUCAAAACUUUUAUGAGAGUACUUUAGUACAUCACCACACAGCUAGGCGAGUGGCUGAGAAAGAAGAGAGCAGAGACAUUGCACAGAAAAAGGAGGGAUCGCAAGGCGAGAAUGCCCCACAAGCCAAGGAUAACGAAUCUGAUCUCAUGGAGAUUGAUCCUGAGGAUGUCUCAAAAGGCACAGACUCCAAGACUACGACCAAUAACGAUGCGCAGCCUCAAGAUGGACCGAAGAAGGAAGAGCAACCUAUCGACGUAAAAGAUUCAUUUCUCCAAUUCCUCGAGGAACUUGGGUAUGAUGUUGUCAAUCAAUAUUGGGCAAAGGGUAUAAGAUUCUUUCAUGGAGACAUUGUCAUUGAGAUAUUUAAAAUAUUCGUGAGAGACGACGACCCAGAGGCAUCAUCGGCCGAUCUGGGCAUCAAACUCAAGCUCUUAGACGAGUCUAAUACCUUCCAGAUCAAAGCAUUCAUCAAUUAUCCCAAAGGUACCAGUGUUGACCUAAUUAAUCAGGGAACAAAGAGCUUGGUGAAGAUGAAAGAGCUCUUGCACAAUCUUUUUGAGCUAGAUGUUCCCGACAGGAUGUUCAUGGAUGCCCGUGUUAAUAGAAACAAGUAA